CCUCAACACAACACAACCAUACAUUUUGCACCCACUCUCCACUCUGCUAUCUGCAUAAGAAAUACAGAGAGAGAGAGAGAGAGAGAGAGGCCUCCAUUAUUGUUUGCUCUUAUACUCUUCUCUUCCUUCUUCAACCGAAAUCAUGAGCAAUGAAGAAUUAGCCUACGAUUUCUCUCCACUGCUUAAAGUAUACAAAGAUGGUCGAGUUGAAAGACUUAAAGGCACGGACAUAGCUCCUCCAUCAACAGAUCCCAAAACUGGCGUCCAAUCAAAAGACGUUGUGAUCUCACAAGAACCAGCCAUAUCUGCAAGGCUUUACAUCCCAAAAUCCACCACCACAAGCUCACCCCAAACCAAACUCCCUCUUCUCAUUUACUUCCAUGGAGGCGGCUUCUGCAUUGAAAGUUCAUCUUCUCCCGUAUAUCACAACUACCUCAACGCCUUAGUCUCUGAGACCAAUGUUGUUGCAGUCUCUGUUGACUAUAGGCUUGCCCCAGAGCACCCUCUGCCGGCUGCUUACGAAGAUUCAUGGGCUGCUUUCAAAUGGGUUGCUUCCCAUUCUGAUGGAAACGGCUCUGAAGAUUGGCUAAACAGUUUAGCAGAUUUCCAGCGUGUGUUUUUCUAUGGGGACAGUGCAGGGGGUACUUUAGCACACAACAUGGCUUUGAAACUGCGGCGAGAGAGUGUAUGGCUGGUGUGUGGCGUUUUGCUUGCCCUUCUACUAGUGGAUCCGACGACCCGACUAACAGAGCCAGUUGGGGAAGAGUUAACUGCCCCUGCAGCUGCAAGAGAGAUCGUUUCUGCUUUGUGGCGUUUUACUUACCCUUCGACUAGUGGAUCCGAUGACCCGUUUUUCAACCCGGGUAAAGAUUCAAAGUUGGGGGAAUUGGGUUGUGUGAAAGUGCUGGUUUUUGUUGCUGAGAAAGAUAUCUUGAAAGAUAGAGGAUUGUAUUACAGUGAGAUACUGAAAAAGAGUGGGUGGAAAGGGGUUGUGGAAGAUCCAACUUGUGACAAUGCUGUGGCCAUGGAGAAAAAGAUUGUCGCUUUCUUGAAUUAG